AGGAUCACACGAGUAUUUUAAUCCCUAACACACUAAUUUAUCUACAUCGAUAUCAAACUUCAACAAUACCAAGUAAUUUUAUUCUUACAAACUAAUUAAACGUCAUAAUGGGUUAUGCAAACUUUUUCGCGCAUGUCACGUAUCCGUUUUUUUUUUUAUUCAGAGAAAAACUAGAGUCAGGGCCGACUGCCAUAUCGUUCGAUAUCAAGUAACUUGCGAAAUAUGUAAAAAUUGAUUGCAUUUGACACUUCAUUUCGAAUAAAAUGUCAUUUGGACUUAUAUAGAAUAGAGGCCAAAUCAAAUUUCUUUUUUUCUCAGAGAUGUUCUAAAUUUGAAUGUAAUCGAGGUACCGGUUAUCGAUAAAGUACAGGUUUGUUAAUAUAGGCCGUUAGUUUAUCGUUUCUGAAUAUAUUUAUAGGGUGGUUAUGUUAUAGAUGUUGAUAAAUAUUUUUAUAUAAUAUGUUUAUAUUAACCACAGCUAUGCCCUCGUUUGCCUUUUAUAUAUAUUUUUUUAAUUAUUAUAAGAGUUAGGAGCGAAAAUAAAUGCGAAUAUAUUUUAUAAGGAGCAGCUAUGGUUGAUAUACAUCAAACUGCGUAAAAAUAUAUAUAAUCCAGAGAGGAAAAUUGGUACUACGUUUGUAUGGAGAAGCGAUCGUCUACUUUCCUCGUAACGAAGUAGGAUUUUAGGUUUUGUGCAACCGGCUCCUAGAUUGUUUUUACAGAAUUUCGGCUCAUUAGUACGCGCGACCAUGCCCAUGCACAGUAGCCCCACCUUUAAUUAGCAAUACGCCCAUACGCGCCAUGGCUACGAAGGCGCGUCUUAACAUUGUAUGUGCCCAAAGGCAGGUGCCAGGGUGUCGCAUCGCAAACCGACAUACCAGCACGGGCCGUUGUCGGGGCCAGCUACUUUUUCGAAUCUCUCAUGUUAUUUGUUUAUUUUUUUAUUUAUAACACCUUUUACGAAGAAUAGUGAAUUAUUUCAAAAUGAUAAUAAAAUUAAAAACCAUCAUCCUAUUUUUGUCAGUUUUCAUUUCAGUAUUUACAGAAGAAGCGUUUGUUGAAACAGAAAAUGAACUAAGUGAAUAUGAAGAUUUAUUAUCGAGAACUUUCAGUGACCAAUUACAGAAGAGCUCAGAUAUACUAAAGCAAGAUAAUAAUGACAGAAAUGCUAAGUUACUGUGGCCGCAUCCUCAAAGCCCCAUAAUAGAUUACGUCAGAAAAACAGUGGCGAAAAAUCAUGCGCUCAAAAAUGCAGGAGACCUCUUCAAUUUUCUAAGGGACCAAUUUCCGCUUCCAGAAGGUCUUCAAGCGCCUUUCUCCGAAUACGACUACGUAAUCGUAGGCGCUGGAUCCGCUGGGAGCACGCUCGCCGCAAGGCUGACCGAAAAUCGGAACACCACUGUGCUGCUUUUGGAGGCUGGCAAGCCGGAGAUGAUCCUUACAGACAUCCCAGCUCUAGCACCCUACUUUCAAUCUACCGAUUACUCCUGGCAGUACUAUAUGGAACGUGAAGAAGGUGUAUGCAUGGGUAUGAAGAACGAGAGGUGCUUCUGGCCACGGGGCAAGGCGGUGGGGGGCACGAGCGUCAUCAACUACAUGAUCUACACUCGGGGCCGCCCGCAGGACUGGGAUCGCAUCGCCGCCGACGGGAAUUAUGGAUGGUCCUAUAAUGAGGUUCUAGAAUAUUACAAGAAGUCUGAGAGAGCUAACUUAAAAGGAUUUGAAAGGAAUCCGUAUAGAAGCCAAGGAGGGGAACUACCCGUUGAAUUUGUACCCGUAAAAACAAAGCUUAUCAAAGCAUUUUUGGAAGCCGGCAAGAUCCUGGGACAUCCUACAGUUGACUACAACGCUCCCCACGGUUUCGGUUUUGGGAAAGUGCAAGUAACCAUAAACCACGGACACCGGCAAAGUGCUGCUAAAGUUUUUCUACACCCCCACAAGAAGAGGCGGAACCUCCAUGUCUUGCCUCUAAGUACUGUCACCAAAAUACUAAUAGAUUCCCAAACGAACACUGCGUAUGGUGUGGAAUAUUCGAGAAACGGCUUAACUUACACAGUGCGGGCGCGUAGAGAAGUGAUACUAUCUGCGGGACCAAUAGCUUCACCACAGCUCCUGAUGUUGUCUGGUGUAGGACCGAAAGAGCAUCUAAAUCAAGUUGGAGUACCUCUAAUAAAAGAUUUGCCUGUAGGCAAAAUGCUAUACGAUCAUAUAUGCUUUCCGGGUCUUAUUUUUGAACUCAAUACCACUGGUGUAAGCUUUUCUGAACGGGAAGCUACUCAAAUUUCUUCUAUUGUGCAAUGGUUUCAUACCGGCGACAACAGCCUCGCAUCUCCAGGGGCAGUUGAAGGUAUAGGGUAUAUUAAAACGCCAGUGUCCGACGACCCCGAACUUGUUCCCGAUAUGGAACUUAUCAGUAUUGGUGGAUCAAUCAUCGCAGACGGCGGUCCUGGGGGCAGCAAAGCCGUACGCAAAGGCAUGAGAAUAAAAAAAAAAGUUUUUGAUGAAGCAUUCGGAUCAUUAGGAACUAAGGAUACAUGGAGUGUGUUCCCAAUGUUGCUGCAUCCCAAAUCUUAUGGUUUUAUUGAGUUGAAAGACAAGAACCCGUGGAGCCAUCCGCGCAUGCGGGGGAACUAUCUCUCAGACGCGUACGGGCAAGACGUGGCCGCAUUCGUGGCAGCAGUGCGGCACGUGCAGGCCCUGGCGGCUACUGCGCCGUUCCAGCGGUUUGGUGCCAAGUUACACCGCGCGCAGUACCCGGCUUGCCGCGAGAUACCCUUCGACUCGGACGCCUACUGGGAGUGUGCGGUGCGCACGCUCACAGCGACGCUGCACCACCAAAUCGCCACGUGCCGCAUGGGUCCCGCCAGUGACCCUCGCGCCGUCGUCGACCCAAGGCUACGAGUAUACGGCGUACGAAACCUACGCGUCGUCGACUCCAGCGUCAUCCCGCGGACCAUCUCUGCGCACACCAACGCGCCAGCUAUCAUGAUCGCCGAAAAAGCCGCUGAUAUGAUAAAGGAAGAUUGGAGACGAUAAAAUCUGAAGUCUACAAACGAUAUUCACGACUCAACCAAAAUUAUUUGCUAUCAAAGUAAUAAUCUUUCACGGUCAGAAACCAGACGACUUUUAUGUUGUCAGCGCGAUGACUCCCAGGGCUUCAGACCUUACCCAUAUAUGUCUUCGAUACUGCAAUAGUGACCAGUGGGUAUUGACCAUGAAGCCUAUAGGCUAACACACAAAACAAGACUGCAAUCAUUAAGAUUUAUUAUACUAUACAGUACACAGAUUUUUUAUUUAUUUGGCGAACAUAUAAUAUGCGCUUUUUACAACCGAUUACUAUGUCUAUAAGGCCUCCUAUUUCC